GUGUCUCCCCCCAGCGCACCCCCGGACGCUAUGGCCCACCCCUCCGGCUGGCCCCGCGUGUAGGAUGGUAGCACACAACCAGGUGGCAGCCGACAAUGCAAUCUCCACGGCAGCAGAGUCCCGACGGCGGCCAGAGCCUUCCUCGUCUUCGUCCUCGCUCUCGUCCUCGGCGGCGCCCGCGGCCCCCGCGCGCCCGCGGCCCUGCCCGGCGGCCCCGGCCCCGGCCCCCGGCGACACGCACUUCCGCACGUUCCGCUCGCACGCCGAAUACCGGCGCAUCACCCGGGCCAGCGCGCUCCUCGACGCCUGCGGCUUCUACUGGGGGCCCCUGAGCGUGCACGGGGCGCACGAGCGGUUGCGCGCCGAGCCCGUGGGCACCUUCCUGGUGCGCGACAGCCGCCAGCGGAACUGCUUCUUCGCUCUCAGCGUGAAGAUGGCCUCGGGCCCCACAAGCAUCCGCGUGCACUUCCAGGCCGGCCGCUUCCACCUGGACGGCAGCCGCGAGAGCUUCGACUGCCUCUUCGAGCUGCUGGAGCACUACGUGGCGGCGCCGCGCCGCAUGCUCGGGGCCCCGCUGCGCCAGCGCCGCGUGCGGCCGCUGCAGGAGCUGUGUCGCCAGCGCAUCGUGGCCACCGUGGGCCGCGAGAACCUGGCGCGCAUCCCCCUCAACCCCGUCCUCCGCGAUUACUUGAGCUCCUUCCCCUUCCAGAUCUGACCGGCCGCGCACGCAGCAUUAACUCGGCCGCCUUGGUACUGUUUUGUAUUAAUUAUAAUUUCCCUGGAACCACGUGGGUGCCCUCCCCGCCUGGGUUGGAGGGAGUGGGGCGUGGGGGCGAGGCGCGUCCCCCUCUCCGCUGGAGACGAGGCCGCAGACCCCUCCCCAUCUCUGGGGGGGGUGCCCCCCCUCCUGGUGCUCCCUCUGGGUCCCCCUGGUUGUUGUAGCAGCUUAACUUUAUCUGGGGCCAGGACCUGAAUUUAUACCUCCUACCUCUUCAUGUUUACAUAUACCCAGUAACUUUGCACAAACCAGGGGUUGGGGGAGGGUCUCUGGCUUUAUUUUUCUGCUGUGCAGAAUCCUAUUUUAUAUUUUUUACAACCAGUUUAGGUAAUAAACUUUGUUAUGAAAGUUUUUUUUUUUUAA